AAAACAAAGUGUUUUUGUUUACAUGACAUUUUUUUCCCCCUCCUAUGUACACAAGUGCACAGGCAUCAUCUCUGUUUUCUUUGAGGUACAGAUUGAAUUUGCCCUAAACUCUCCCGCAAAAGACUUUUAUUUUAAUGAUUUUAUCGCAACCAUGCCAGUCGAGGACCUGUUUGUCUCUGCAGCCCGUAACUCUCUGCGAUCUGGUAGAAAGGGUCUCUCCGUGGCUCAAAGUCUGAAUCUUGCUGCUCAGGUCUUGACUGUGGAUCUGGGGCUGAAGCCUGCUCUCCUGUACGACAGCAGCGCCGCCCGCACCGAACAGCUCCAGCGGUAUCUGAGCUGCCUGCGGUCUCUCCAGCUCGUGUCUCGAUCCCUCCUCACGCUGGAUUUAAACGGAAACGGUCUCAUUAUCAACGCAGAUGCCCUCAGAUCUAAUUUAGAGAAGACGCUUCGCGGCGGUGGUCCGCCCGUUGUAAACGUCUCUGCGUCUUUGGAGAAGCCCGCCGUCUCUGAUGCUCAGAGGGAACGGCUGACGGGUGUGGUGGCAGAUUUUCUGCUCCUCCUGGAGGAGUUUCGGCGACACGACGAGGCUGAUGAACCUCUUUAUGUUGGGGAGAAAUCCGACGAUUGGAACCUGUGCACCAUAUUUGGUCUCUUACUGGGUUACCCGGUCACCUACUGGUUUGAUCAGGCCAGGAGCUUUGAAAACUGUCUGUCCAUGACGCCGCUGGUGGUGGCUACAGCAUCGGCGGCAUGGCAGACGGGCGACAACGCUCACAGAUUCUGUCUGUACUCGUUCAGCGUUCCCGCCGCUCUGCAGGAGGAGACUCGGCCCGAGCUGGAGAACUGGAGGCUCAGGCUGCAGGAGAGAUUUGAGCAGCAAAGCAUCAUGAAGGAUCUCAGCAUCAGUCAGUCCACAGUCACUCUUCCCUCUGUCUGUUUGUGAUUCAAUAACAGUUGGGUUUAAAAUGAAAUAAAAUGCUCUUGAAUCCGA